UUUCUUUUCAAACUCAUUACGCGGCACGUCUUGUGCCGUUCGAUCCUCUUCUCUCGUAGAUUGAGACGUCACCUGCACUUCUCUCUCUCUCACACACACAAAUCCCUUGUUCUUACUCCCACUCUUCUUUCGAUUGGAGAAAGACCAGAGCUCUUCGAUCGACAAAGCUGUCGGAAAUUCAACGGCGAUAUACGAUUUAUUCGGAGAUCAGGUCAAGCCAUCGGAGAUUGAAUCUUUCUCUCCGACGACUUGUGUAAGAUAUCAAUUCAGCUUCUACAUACAUAGAUCUAACUGUCCUCGGAGCAGAUGGAUUCACAUCCACAUCUACCUCAACGAAAUGUUGCUAUUGGAAAUGUGGAUGACAAUGAGAUUGAAGAGGUAGGGGUUGAUGGUAAGAAAAUUUGGGAAGAGAAGAAUGAAAAAGCUUUCAUUGACUUAAUGGUGGAGGAAGUGAAAAAGGGAAACAGAAACCAAGCAACUUUUUCUAAUUUGGGUUGGAAAAACAUAAUAGAGGGUAUGAAAAAAGUGACAAGAAGGGUUUUUACUAAGACCCAACUUAGAAACAAAUUUAACUUGUUAAGGACUAUCCAAAAGGUUUUCAAAUAUCUAUUGAAGCAAAGCGGUGCUCAUUUCAAUCCGACCACAGGCAUGGUGGUACUUGAUGAUGAGAGGUGGGAGAGGUUGUCUAAGGUAAUUAAGAAUUGCAAGAGGUACAAAAGAAAAGGAUGUAAGCAAUAUGACAAGUUGUGCUUCAUUUUUGAUGGGGCGACUGCAAGCGGUGUUUAUGCACAUCCUUCCACAAAAAGCCCAUCAAUUAGUGAUAACAAUGAGGGGCCAAACAAUGAUGAUGACAACGAGAUAGUCUCUCAACCUCAGAGUCAGUCUCCAAUAGUUUGUCAUGGAGUAGAGAGAGAGAGUUUCACAGGCAUUGUCAAAGUCUCUCGACCUCGGAGUCGGUCUCCAAAAGUUUGUCAUGAAGAAGAGAGAGAGAGUUUCACAGGCAUUAUCAAUCAAGUUUUAGUUGCUUACAAUGAAAAUAACAAAAGAAUGGUUGAAGUAAUGGAGAAGGCAUUGGUGCCUGGUUCUUCCUCAAAAAUUGGGUCUACAGUUGACAGCGGACCAAAUUUGGAGGCACAAAAUGAGAAGGAACUAGCGAAAAUCACAGAAUGCAUUGAUGCAUUAAACACCCUGGAUGACAUUGAUGAUACUAGUUAUGUAAAGGCAGUAGAAAGAUUUCAGAAUGAUGCAAUUUGGAGGGGUGUAUUUCUAAGAGUACCUGACAAUAGGAAGAAGGCAUUAGUGAAAAAUCUUUAGUGUUUUUAGUGGAUUGUUAUGUGACAGAAAAAUAUAUAGCAUGAAUUAUAUUUAUAUUUGCUACUCGAGACGAUGUUCUUUUUGCUUCUUUUGGUUGUUUUGCCAUGGUUAUAUGUACUUUUGCUAUGGUAUUAACACCAUUCCAUGGAUGUUUUGAAAUGAAUGCUAUGGUUGUUUUUUCAUUA